AUGGAAUUUGCCCGAGGAGAAAGUCGAGGUUCCUAUAUCUGGGGACGAUCUGUUCACAAUGUGCGUAUUGAACGCCUUUGGGUUGAUGUUAGCCAUUACAUCUCCCAAUCAUGGAAUGACCUCUUUACCAUCCUUGAAAUGAGGUAUGGACUCGAUAUAACCAAUGCAAAUCACAUAUGGCUUCUGCAACACCUUUUUCUGCCAACAAUCAAUGAACAGCUGGCCUUUUGGGCUGAAUCAUGGAAUCACCACCGCAUUUCACAGCGCAAUGGUCCUGCUCGGUCACCUGAAGAUAUGUUUGGUUUUGAUAUGCUAGUUCAUGGCAUACGAGGGGAUAGUUUGGAUCAGUUUGCGAUGUCAGAUGAAGAAUUGGAAGUUUUUGGCGUAGACUGGGAGGGGCUACAAGAUGAAGUAUUACUGAGGGCUCUACGAAAAAACUACAGUGGGGAAGGAUCUGGUUCAUGGCUUGGCCACAGGGGACCGCCUCCUGACCUUAAUGAGGUUGUUGUUAAUUCACCCGCUGGUUCAUUAUCUCAUGGGCAGGUGGUAUCAUUGGAUGAACAAGUCCUCCAUUAUAAUCGUGAGCCUCAGGAAGAGCAUGUUGCUCGUCUAUGGGUAGAUGCCCUUGCUGUUGCAAGGGUUAUGCAGCCAAACCUCUUUUAG